AGAGGCCUCGCGCGUGUGACGUAUAAUUCAGUCGCCGGGCUGCGAAGACUUUCGGGUCAGCUCGGAGGGUUUGUGCCGCAGGUUAUCAUGGCCCUGAGGACAGUUCGGCUGCUUGUCCCGACGAGAGCAGCUGCUUUCAGAGUAGUGACCGCGGCGCAGAAGGCCAGCGUUCAUACAAGCUCGGUGAGGAGCCUGCGAUAUGGCUGGUGGGCCUACGCUCUGGGGGAGAGGACCACGCCACGGUUAAAGCAGUACAGCAAAAUCAUCUCUGUGGAUGGCAACCUGGCCUCGGGGAAAGGAGCGCUGGCCCAGAAACUGGCCGACAAACUGGGGAUGCUGUACAUGCCUGAGCCUGACACUUUCUACCUGGACAAGAUGACCGGGGAGAAGGAGCCGCUGCCCGUCGACUUUAAUGGGAUGUGCAGCCUGGAGAAGUUCUACACAGACCCCAAAGCUGCAGAUGGAAACAGCUACAGGCUGCAGCUGUGGAUGUACAACAUGAGGCUGCUCCAGUACUCCGAUGCCAUCGAGCACCUGCUCACCACAGGUCUUAAAGGGUUAAACCACUCCUACCUUCAAACUGUGCCUCUGCCAUAUCUGAAGAGCAUCGAGGAUGGCUACAAGAAGACGUUUCUCCCCAAAAUCAGUGAGACGUCAGAGCUGCUGGCUUAUGAUGCGACCCAGGCUCAAGAUGUUGAAAGGGUGGCAGAAGAUAUCGAAUAUUUGAAGUUUGAAAAGGGGCCGUGGGUGGAGCAGGAUGACGUCAGCUACCACCACAUGAGGAUGCUUGUGGAAGAUAAACAGAGGGUGGCAACCCUGACACACAUACCCAGGUUCCUGCCAGAGAUAACCAUCGGAGCACACGACUACGAUCAAAAAUACUACGCCUAUAAGUCGAUCCCUGGGAAGAAGUACGCCCGUGGAUAUAACGCUGAUGUUGGAGAUAAAUACAUCUGGCUGAAGUGAACUUUCCACUCUCAUCAUCGAAUCAGCCCACUGAACUCACUGUCUUCUCAUGUACAUCCCAAAAUAUGUAUUAAAAUAGAUUCUGACUGAG